AUGGGUCCAUGGACCUUGAUCAUCUCCUCCGCCGUCUUUGCUCUUUUGAGCUGGUUGGGCUAUCACAUCCGGAGUGUGAUCGUGGACAACUGCACCCAUUGCGACACGGGAGAAGGAGGUCAAGAUCCCCAGAAGUCCUUUGAGGGCUAUGCGGAGCGCGCAGAGCAGUGGAGCCGCGGGGAACUCCCCGAUUGGGAUGUGGCGGUGAGUGGCCCCGCAUCGAAGGCCGAAGCCGAUGAGCUGAAGCCAUUCUUUGACUGGCUCGGCUCUUUCCUGUCUUCUCGGAACAUCAGCUCCAUAGUGGAUGUGUCGUCGGGACACUGGCCCUCCGGCUGGCAGAGGGGCGUGACAUGGUCCGGCCAGGACUACACCGGCUUGGACAUCACUCCGAAGAUGAUCGAAGAUAACAGAGCCUUUUUCAAGGACAAAGACCCCCAGCAGUACGGAUUGCGGUCUGUGACUUUCGAAGUCGGAGACAUGCUGAAAGAUCUGCCGAAGGCGGACCUCCUCAUCACGAAAGACACGAUCAUCCACAUUCCUAACUGGGCCAUCUUAAAGUUCUUGGAGACCAACGUCAACGUGUGCCCCCCGCGGUACAAGGAAGUCUUGUUCAUCCAUGACCGUCCGCCGUACUGGAAGUUCCGUUGGGGAGCAGUGCCGCUUGUGCGCCACAUCGUCAGGAACUGGGAUUGCCCAGGGUUCUCAGAUUUCCACGAGAUCGACCUAAGGGUGGCGCCGUACCACCUCGAUGUAGUCAAUCUGUUCGAGUUCAACUCAUCCACGCGUGCGGAUCGGGUAAUGGAUAACCCAAAAGUGGUUCAGUACCUGAAGACUAGCUGUCCGGGUUCAUGA